AUGGAAUGGGAUGAGAAACGAAAAGCGUGGUUUCCCAAGAUAGAUGAUGAUUUCAUUGCACGAUAUCAGAUGAGUUAUGGUGUCGGUACAGCUGAUCAAUGUGAAGCUUCUGUUAAACCAGAAAAUGCAUCCAACACUGUGGACUGGACAAAUUUUAAUGCAAAAUUAGCUCAGCUUAGGUCUGAUAAAGGAGAUGAUUGUGAAGAAGUUCAGCAGCUUAUGAAAGCUGCUAAUGAGUCAUUAAUGGCCUAUUAUAAUUCCCCUGCCUAUCGGGAAUGGUAUGCAAAUUGCUGUAAACAAAAUGGAACUCAAAGCAAUCAACCUGCAGAGAAAAGUAAUGAACCGAAGAAAGUGGCUAGUAACAAGGCGAAGCAUGAACUAAAACCGUCCGAACGCAUGCUCAGUAAUUUCCUGGAUGAAGGAGAUGACCCCGAUAUUGCUUUGGCUCGGGCAGAAGCAGAAAUAUUAUCUGGUGUUCAGCCUGUAAAUCCAGAUGACGAUGAAGUAGAAGAUAACACAUGUGAGAAACAAUUACCAUCUGGUAACUUACAGUCUAUCCAUGAAGAUGCUGAAAGUGAAUCUAUUGCACGAAAGAGAAAGCAGACAGCCCCUCCUCCUGCGUGGUAUGAAAUAGACGAGAGCAAGAAUACACAUGUUUAUGUCAGUGGACUACCUCCAACAAUCACAGAUGAUGAAUUCUUAACUUUAAUGUCUAAAUGUGGUGUUAUCAUGAAUGAACCAUUUAGUAACGUACCGCGUGUUAAAUUGUACAAAGAUCAAACUGGUAAACCUAAAGGUGACGGACGUUGCUGUUACAUCAAGGUUGAAUCUGUGGAAUUGGCUUUAAAAAUCCUCGACGGUAUGAUCUACACACCGGGUUAUACUAUUCAUGUGGAACGUGCUAAAUUUCAACCGAAAGGAGAAUUUGAUCCCAAAAAACGAAGACGUUUAACACUGAAAGAAAAGAAAAAGUUGAAGCAACAACAAGAAAACCUUUUCCGAUGGAGUAUUGAUACUAGUAAAUUUAUUCGUGGUAAAAAAGAAAGAGUGGUCAUCCUUAAGAAUGCAUUUAUUGAAAGUGAUUUUCAGAAUGAUGUCACUCUAAUUCCAAUUGUAAGAGAGCGUUUACGUGUACAAUGCGCCAAAUGUGGUAUUGUUAAAAAGAUUGUUGUUCAUGAUGCUCAUCCAGAGGGUGUUGUCAGUGUCACAUUUUCUACACCUGAAGAAGCGGAUACAGGAAUACAAUUUUUAUCCAAAGCAUUAUUUGAUUAUCCUGGUACAGGAGGAGCUAGACAACUAGAGGCUGAACGUUGGGAUGGUAAAACAAAUUACAAUGUAUUUGAGUCAGAAGAUAAAGAAGCUAGUCGAUUACAAAAUUGGGAAGAAUAUCUAGGCGGAGGGAGUUCUUCGUCUUCUGAUGGUGAGGAUGAUGAUGAUGAUGAUGAUGAUGAUGAUGAAACGAAAUCCCAGAACACUACUACUCAUAAAAAUGAUAAUAGGGACUCUGAUGAAUCGAAUAUUACCUUUAAACGAUCAGAAAUAGCUUUUGAUAUACCAUCCGAUUACUGGGAACGAUUAAGUGAAGAGGGACAAUCCAGCGGUGUUGAUACAGAUGAUGGUGAUGAUAAUGAAGGCAGUGGGGCUGAAACCUCUUAAUCCAAUCAACAAUAUUUUGACUUCACUUCCCCCCCCCCCCUCAUUUCAUUGUACAAAUAACCUUUGUUUGUAGACGUAUAUGUAUACUGUAUAUUUUCACCUUCUAUCGCCUGUAAAAAGUUGCUUGUCAGACGUUUUUAAGUAAACUUUGUUUUAUAGCCGUUUUUUUCUUUUGUCUCUUAGACUAUUGCAAUCAUGGAUUUGUUUUUAUCGAUACUUUGUUUAUGGUUAUGAAGAACACAUGCAUGCAAGAUUUUCAUUUCUCUGGUUUAGGGUAUUCAGGAUAAAACAGUGUUUUCUUCGAGCUCGUUUAAUGACAAGUAUAAAGUGUAUUGGCA